GUUGAGCCAAAACACAACAACAGUAAAACAGCACUAUGAGCGAUUCCACAUUUAAACCACCCACGCAAAUUGACAAAACCACGACACUCAAACCACCAGCUGUGAGUACGCUAUCCGUGAACAGCCUGCAACUGCCGAGCUCCGCACCACAAAGGCUAACAGGUGGUUCCAAUGGCACCUCCUCAGGAUCGGGAUCGGCGACGGGGAAUCCCCGCAACAAAUGCGCUCUCAAGCCGGGAUACUCCUUGAUGAGUUGGGUACGUCUCUGCAAUUCGGGUGCUGAUCUCGCUGGCACUGGAGGACGCGUUGUGCCUGUCAGUCGCAGUGAGCUGGCCAGGCACAAUCAGGUGAAUGAUGCCUGGAUGGCCAUACGAGGCAGAGUAUUCAAUGUCACGCGCUAUAUGGACUUCCAUCCGGGCGGAGUCGAUGAGCUGAUGCGCGGAGUCGGACGGGAUGCCACCAAGCUGUUUGACGAGGUGCAUGCCUGGGUCAACUAUCCCCAGUUGCUGGGCAAGUGUUAUGUGGGUCCACUGAAGGAAGACGUGGGUGCCAAAGUGGAAACUGAGAUCAUUCGACCGCCGCCAGUUCCAGUGGAUACUGUGCCUCGGUUUGAUUGGAUACAACAACGUAGUGAACUGACGCUCUGCUUCUAUACGCGAAGAUUGGCCAAUCCCGGGCUGCUCUUGAAGCGAUCUCUUGAAGCUGACGACACACUGGAGCUUCGCGUGCAGCUGGCGGAUAGCUGGCAUAGGUUCAGCUUCCAGUUGAGCAACUCUGUGGAAUGGCCGCCGAAGACAGUGCGUGUCGCUCCAGAGACGGGCAAAAUUGAAGUGGUGCUGGUCAAACAGCUUCCAGAGCCAUGGACAACAUAUGGAACACAUGAGACCAGCAAGCUGGAUGUGCAGCAGGUGCAGGAGGAGCACUUUGACUUCGAGGUGCUGCGUUGCGAGCACUUUAAUCACGAUUCCUUUGAGUUGAGCCUGCAGAGCGUCAGGCAACAGGUGUUGCUACAGCUGCCCGUGGGCUAUCAUCUGGACAUCCAGUUGCCACAAAAUGGAGAGUUGCUGCAGCGCAGCUACACACCUGUGCCACACAACUACCUGCCCUCCAACAGCGACCAGGUGGACACGGAACCCAGUCCGACAACAUCCCAGCAGUUUCUUAUCAAGUAUUAUGAGAAUGGUGUCGUUUCCAGGCACUUGCAUCAGCUGAAUCCUGGCCAGAUUGUGCAGCUGAGUCUGCCGCGUGGCAACUUGAACCUGUCCCAACUGGAGGCACAUCGCCACAUUCUGUUGCUGGCUGCCGGCAGUGGAAUCACGCCCAUUCUGAGUCUGCUCCGACCGCUGCUCAAGCGGCAAGCGAAUCGCAUCGAACGUCUGCAGCUGUUGUACUUUAACAAGACUGCCUCGGAUAUUUGGCUAAGGGAUAAACUGCAGGCACUUCAGGACUUCGACGAGCGUUUCAGCUGCAGCCACAUUUUGUCCAAGGCGGAGGAGCAACAGACCCAAACCGGACGCAUUUGCCAGGAGUUGUUGGCGCCUCUGUUUAAGGAACAGCUCAGCGAAUGCUUCAGCUAUGUGACCAUAUGUGGUCCCACGGGCUUUAACUCCGCUGCCGUUGACAGCUUGACAGGAUUAAAGCUGAAGCUCAAUCAAAUACAUGUAUUCCAGGCUUAAAUUGGACAAUAAUUAACCUAUUAUACAAAUUGCUCAUUUACUUCAAGAAUGUCUCAACUCUAAAAAAUUGAUUACUAAGUUAAUAUAUAUAUUAGGGUGCAUAGAUUUGUUUGGGUCCAAAAAUAUUGUAAAAUGAAAACCAAGUUCGUAAUCUACGAUCAAUUCUAAGAUAUUUUCACCAAGAUACCAUAGUUCUUAUAUCAAAUCUUAGGACCCGCUUUUUGAGUUGAAAAAUUUAUUAUUUUGAAAUUUUUAGCAUGUUAUUAUUAGCAAAUUUUUAGCGUUUUUAGUCUGUUCCUGACAAAGGACCAGGACUUUAAAAAUUUCGUAUAAUCAAAGGACCAAUUGUCCUUAAAACAUAGUUUUUGUCCAUGCAAGGACUAACAACACAAAAUAUUUAAACUCCAAGAGCGGAACUAGGAAUUGAUUUUAGAGAUAUGGUUUUUUGGUGAUAACUUUUUAGAACUGACAGUAGAUUACGAUUUUGAGUUCCCAUUUUUUUUUUUUCAAAAAAAUCGAUGCACACUAAUAUAUAAUCUAUACUAUUUAUUUGAGAAUUGAAAAUUUUUUUUCAGUUUUUCUUGACUUAAAUGAGCGUUCUGUAAAUAAUUUGGUUGUUUUUCAUUUUUUAAUUUAUAGCAAAUAGUUUUGUUUUGUUUAUUUUUUUUAAUAUAUUGUUUUGUUUCAAUAAUUUAAUAAGUUUAACAAAUACUAGAAAACUGUUUUUCCUGACGUUUGUCGCAGUCAUUUUCAUCAUUGUCGCUACUUUUCACUUAUUUUUCGCACAAAUGUCGCAUAAUUUUUAAUAAAAGUAUAAAACAAUAUGAGGAGUCA